CUCUCUCUCUCUGUCUUCGUACGCUCUCAUCAUCCUCUCUUUCCCUCUUCAUCGUGCUAAAACCCUAAUUUCCAAUCGUUUUCGCUCUCUAGCCAUGGUCGAGCGACGAUGGAGGCCUCUAAUCCUCGCCUCCACCCGCGCCAUCCUCGACUCCGUCGUCAACUCCGCCAAAUCCAUCAGCGCCGCGGAGGACGACGGCGUUCUCCGCCCUCGUAGGUCUCGCUUCGCCAACGAAGAUGGGGGCUCCGCCUCCGCCUCGCUCCGGCUCAAGGCCGGGAUCUCGUGCGGCGCCUGCCCCCAGAGACGCGUGCGUACUACGCCAAGUACGCACGCGAGAACUUCGUCAACUACCGCGACGCCGAUCCCUCCACCUCCCUCUCCGACCUCCUCCGCCGCGCCUACUCCUACUCCACCUGGGUUCUCAACAAGUACUCGCUCGACGAAUAAGCUGUGGCGAAGCUCAAGGAGAUAUAUGGGUGCUGAGCAGUGGCGUUGGGGGCGCGCCUCAUACACGCACGGGGAUUCAGCUAUCAUGGGCAUUGUAGAUAUUGAUAAUGACAAAGCCAAUCCUCAAAUGUGCAGCCUUUAUGCAUCGGAGAUAUAUACAAAUCUGUGUGCUACAGAGGACAUUGGAGGAGGGUCUGCAGAAACUUUCAGCGAUAUCUUGGAUAUGCAAGAACAAAGUAGAAGAUCAACUGAUGAAGAUUCAGGAGCUUUGGAACAAGAAGUUACAGAGAAGUAGUGCCAUAAAUAUAAUCACUACAACAAAACUGCUUUUUAGUGGCUGAUUAUGUGAAAUUACUUAGGGUUCAUCUUCCUGGAGAUUUCAAGCUACCAAGUGGCAAUAUCUUAAGGAUUGAUGAUGCUAGGUUAUACUUGGCAAAUAAAAACAGGCACACAUAUUCAUAGAAACUCAUAAGCCGCGUAAAGAUGGAAGGCCAAUUGACAAUGAGUCACUUCGAAAAGUUGUAAGUUUUUUUUUUAAUUAAUUAAAUUUCACCUAAAAAAAGUAACUCCUCUGUGUGAGAAGAUCUACUUCUUGUCUCACCUGCUGGCUCUUGUUUGUGCCCUUUAAAUUUGAGUUGAGAAUGAUAUGGUUAAUUUUGUAUUAUCUAUUCCUAGGUUAUCAGUAGGAUUCUUAUUUGUGAAAAAUAGGCCCUCCCACUUUCUUUCUUCUCUUAUAUUCUUUAUAUUUCUAUGCAAUGCUAUAUGGCCAUUGGCUUAAUCAAUUGGAGUCUCGGAGAAAAAUAAAAACACCUUGCUAAAUUUUGUCGAGCUUUUGCUAUUGCGGAGAUCAACCAUGCAAGAGCUGGCGGAUUACGGGUAGAGCUUGUAAGUAAUAGAGGUUUGAAGCUGGAGAUCCGAAUACUCCAUCAAACAUUGAAACUGUGAUUUAUCGUAAAUCAUAGAUGUUUAACGUCAUUAGAAUUUAUUAUUUUUUGGCUGGAAUUCAAACAAGCAUUUUGUAGUUGAAACUCAUGUAUGAAAUUUAUUUUUAAUAUUGAAACUGUGAUGUAUUCAAUCAAGUUUAAGAAUUUAACAUAUUUUGAAAACUUUA